AUGGAAACAAACUUCCUGUUGCCCGGCGGACCCAGCGCCCCGAAUCCCGCCCUGCGCGGUGCCCCCCCUGCCGGGGCCCGGGGCAGCCGGAUGACGGGCAGCGCUCCCAGCGGCGCCAUGGGCGGCCUGGCGGUGGUGGCGGCCGUGGCUGGGGCCACCAUUUGCCGCGCAGCGGCCGUGAAGAAGAAGGGGGUGAAGGUGGUGCAUGGCAAGGAGAUUCCUUGGAACCUGUUCUCCCCGAAGGCGCCAUACCAGGGCAAGGUCGUGGCCAACGACGUCCACCCUCAAACUUUGACCGAACCGACUGGAGAUGCCAACUGGGAGACCACCCACGUGACCUUUGACCAUGGAGGUAAGGUGCCAUACAUUGAGGGACAAUCCAUUGGCGUGAUUGCACCAGGCCCUGACAAGAAGGGUGAACAGCCCGCCAAGAUCCGUUUGUAUUCCAUUGCCUCCUCGGCGGUGGGCGAUGACCAAAGUUCCAAGACCGUGUCCUUGUGCGUGAAGCGGGUGGUGGAGCUGGAUGGCAAGUUCAGCAACCGCGCCAAGGGCGAGGAUAAGCCUGACAAGGCGGGCACUGCCUUCCCGGAGAACGAGGUCUACCGUGGCGUGUGCUCCAACCACAUCUGCGACAUGAGCGUGGGAGAUGAUGUGCUCAUCACUGGCCCCACUGGAGCUGAGAUGCUGCUGCCAACGGACCCAGAGGCAAACAUCAUCAUGCUGGCCACAGGCACUGGCAUUGCCCCAAUGCGCUCCUACCUGCGUUUGUUGUUCCACGACAAGGCUGGUGCCGCGUCGGACGGCAGCCGAAAGUUCAAGGGCCUGGCGUGGCUGUUCAUGGGAGUGCCAUACUCCAAGUCUUUGCUGUAUGAUGACGAGCACCAGGUCUACAAGAAGGAGUUCCCAGACCAGUUCAAGUACGACUACGCGGUGAGCCGUGAGGACAAGAACGCGGCUGGCCAGAAGAUGUACAUCCAGACCAAGAUGGCUGAGUAUGCUGAAGAGCUUUGGGAGUUGAUGCAGGACGACAAGACCCACGUUUACAUGUGUGGCCUGAAGGGCAUGGAGAGCGGCAUGGCUGAGUGCUUCGGUCCCAUCGCCGAGAAGAACGGCAUCGUUUGGACCGAGUUUGCCAAGGCCAUGAAGAAGGCGUGGCCGUGCCAUGCCGUGCCCCAUGGGGAUUUUUAUGCCAUGCGCCUUCAACAUCUAAUAUGA